CCUGGCGAUAACCCGAAAGAUUAUCGUUUCGGACGCUGAGCGCAAAGAUCGCUUUAUCGCCAAGGCACCAGUACUGCUUUGUCAGUAGUCCCUGUUCUGUGCCCUGCAAACACAGCACUGCGUGCACCACUUGAGGCAUCGCAAGCAACUAGACUUCCCAUCAUCCUAACUUUAUACUGUGAUCACCAUGCCCGAGGUUAAGAACAAGGUCUGUCUGAUCGUUCACGAUGGGUGGGGAAUCGCUCCAGAGAAAGGCAUGAAAGGUGAUGCUAUCGAUGCAGCAGACACCACUAACAUGGAUACCAUUGCCCAAAAACAUUCCUAUCGCACCCUUUUUGCGCACGGAAAUGCGGUCGGUUUGAACGAUGGGCUCAUGGGAAACUCUGAAGUUGGCCACCUCAACAUCGGGGCAGGCCGCAUCGUGUGGCAAGAUAUCGUCAAGAUCGAUGUGUCCAUUGCCAAACGGCAAUUUCACAAAAAUGAGACGAUCCUGGCAAGCAUGAAGCGUGCGAAGGACGGAAAUGGCCGUCUUCACCUCCUUGGUCUGGUUUCAGAUGGUGGUGUGCAUUCCCACAUUAGACAUCUCAAGGCACUUUUGGAGACUGCGAAGGAAUCUGGCGUUCCUCACACUUACGUUCACUUUUUCGGCGAUGGCCGUGACACUGCACCUCGUUCGGCUAAGGGUUACGCACAAGAACUGGUGGACUUUAUGAAAGAGAUUGAGUAUGGUACGCUUGCCACGGUUGUUGGCAGAUACUACGCGAUGGACCGUGACAAGCGUUGGGAGCGCAUCAAGAUCGCUGUUGAUGGCCUCGUUCGCGGCGAGGGCGAAGAAGGUGAAAAUAUUCUCGAAAAAAUAGAGGAAAAGUACAACAAAGAUGAGACCGAUGAGUUCCUGAAGCCCAUCAUCGUAAAUGGAGACGAGGGACGCAUUAAAGAGGGAGAUACCCUCUUUUUCUUCAACUAUCGCUCAGAUCGUAUGCGAGAGAUCGCGUCCGUCAUCGGACUUCCGGACAAGCCCAUCGAAAUAGAUAUCCCUAAAGACCUGCAUAUCACCACCAUGUCCCGUUACAACGCUGAGUUCCCAUUCCCGGUAGCCUUCCCUCCCCAAGCCAUGACCAACGUUUUGGCUGAGUGGCUUUCUAAACAAGGCGUCUCCCAAGCGCAUAUCGCAGAAACAGAGAAAUAUGCUCAUGUUACAUUCUUCUUCAACGGCGGGCUCGAGAAGCAAUUCCCUGCAGAGGAACGCUAUAUGAUCGCAUCUCCCAAGGUCGCUACAUACGACAAGCAGCCAGAGAUGAGCGCCCAAGGUGUCGCAGACAAGGUCGCUGAGGUGGUGAAGAGCAAGAAGCACGAGUUCGUCAUGUGCAAUUUUGCCCCGCCCGACAUGGUCGGCCACACGGGUGUAUAUGAGGCUGCGAUAGAGGCUAUCACUGCUACUGACAAGGCGGUCGGAACGGUCUACGAUGCAUGCGUUGAGGCUGGAUACGUUUUGCUCAUUACUGCAGACCACGGAAAUGCGGAGCAAAUGAUCAACUUGGAGACUGGUGCCCCUCAUACUGCACACACUACCAACCAGGUGCCUUUCAUCAUGACAGCCCAGGGUCUUGAGUUUGCGAGCGACGAGGAAGACGGCGAAGGAGAGGGGGGUGCACUUGCUGAUGUUGCACCCACUAUUUUGGCAAUUAUGGGCUUGACUCAGCCAGAAGAAAUGACUGGGCGCUCGUUACUGAAGAAAUAGAUAGGGUAGAUGGCGGAUGUCAAUGUGACGCAGACGAAGAUCAUAGAACAUUGUAGAAGAUACCGUUAUUGUGGAAGUAGAGAAUACUAUGUAAGGCUAAGCAGGAGUCACAAGAAUAUUGCGAUUAAAAAGAUACACGCAUCGAUGUUGCCAACGGAUCCAUUGAAUGAAUGAAUUUUAUAUAUUUGGCCAUCUAA